UCCCCCGGUUACGCCGCCCCCACCUAAGCUAGCAGCUACGGCCUAAAGCCUAAAGCUCCUUCAGUCCCACCCCCCGGAGAAGAGAACGACCAGCCGACCGAUCGACCCCGGCCAAAACCUCUCUCGAUUCGAGGCCGUCCUCCGCUCCACUUGUUGCCUUCCUCUCUCCCGGCGGCUGCCCGCGGGAUUUGGCCAGUGAAAAUGGAUGGGAACACCGGAGGAGGCGGACAUUCUGAAGCAUUGAAGAACUACAAUCUGGGCAAAAUAUUAGGUCAUGGCACAUUCGGAAAAGUGAUGAUUGCAGAGCAUAAGCUUACAGGACAGAAAGUUGCUAUAAAGAUUCUGAACCGUCAUAAAAUGGAAAUUAUGGAAAUGGAAGAGAAAGCAAAGAGAGAAAUCAAGAUAUUGAGGUUAUUCAUUGACUUUAUUCACCCUCAUAUCAUCCGGGUUUAUGAGGUCACUGAGACACCUAAGGAUAUAUUUGUUGUGAUGGAAUAUUGCCAGAAUGGUGAGUUAUUGGAUUACAUUAUUGAGAAAGGGCGGUUACAGGAAGAUGAAGCUCGUCGAAUCUUCCAGCAGAUUAUAUCUAGUGUUGAAUACUGCCACAGAAACAUGGUUGUUCAUCGUGAUCUAAAGCCAGAAAACUUGUUACUUGAUUCUGAAUAUAAUGUGAAACUUGUUGACUUUGGGUUAAGUAAUGUGAUGCAUGAUGGCCAUUUUUUGAAGACUAGCUGCGGGAGUCUAAACUAUGCUGCACCAGAGCUUAUCUCAGGUAACUUGUACGCUGGACCUGAGGUUGAUGUCUGGAGCUGUGGGGUGAUACUUUAUGCUCUUCUUUGUGGCAGAGUUCCAUUUGAGGAUGACAAUAUUCCCAACCUGUUCAAAAAGAUAAAGGGAGGUUUCUAUAUCCUUCCAAGUUAUUUAUCUGAUCUUGCAAUGGAUUUGAUCCCAAGAAUACUUAUUGUUGAUCCCAUGAAGAGAAUCACAAUUCGUGGAAUUCGGGACCACCCAUGGUUUCAGAAUCGCCUUCCUCGCUACCUGGCAGUGCCUCCACCAAACACGCCACAGCAAGCCAAAAUGAUUGAUGAAAAAACACUUCAAGACGUUGUCAAUCUGGGAUAUGAUAAAGAUCAUGUGGGUGGUUCGCUGUGUAAUAGGCUGCAAAAUGAGGCAACUGUUGCAUAUUACUUGCUCUUGGACAAUCGGUUCCGGGCUACUAGUGGCUAUUUGGGGGCUGACUAUCAACAACCAAUGGGUAGGAGUUUUAAUCAGAUUACUUUAUCGGAAUCAGCAAGGCCAAGUACCAAGAAUGAUCUUCCAGGAAGCAAUGAUUCUCAAGGCAGUGGCUUGCGCCCAUAUUACCCCGUUCAAAGGAAAUGGGCUCUUGGACUCCAGUCUCCAGCUCAGCCUCGUGAUAUAAUGAUUGAGGUUCUAAAGGCACUUCAGGAACUAAAUGUCCGCUGGAAGAAGAAUGGAGACCACAACAUGAAAUGCAGGUGGUGCCCUGGGUUUCCUCAGGUCAGUGAUACGUCAGAUGCCAACCACAGCUUUGUUGAUGGCUCUACCAUCAUGGAUAUUGGAGAUGCUAAUGGGAGGCUACCUGUCGUGAUCAAGUUUGAAAUCCAGCUUUACAAGACAAAGGAUGACAAGUACCUGCUGGAUAUGCAAAGAGUUACUGGACCUCAGCUCCUCUUCCUGGAAUUUUGUGCUGCCUUCCUUACCAACCUUAGGGUUCUAUAGUGCUUGUUUUGGUUGAGUGGUGAAUAGCAGAACAUAUGACUGUCCUGUGCGGUGCGGUUCAUCGUCGCAAUGGUGAAUAAGUGAUGGUGUGUAAGUAUAUAGGUUGUGCGUUUCAUCUGUUUACCCAGUCCCUGACAGUGAACCAUGCUUGUUUUUUUUUUGAACAUAAAGACUUUAUCCAGAUUAGGUGCAUUUUACAGAAAGAACCGUGCUUGUUUGAGUGACUAGUCCUGUGUCAAACACCAAAAAGGUUAAGUGGUUGUUAUAAAUAAGAUUUGUAUGGUAAAUAGGUU